AUGACACUGUACCUGAAAAGUGCGUUAUUGGGCGCCCUGUCCGUUCACGGAGUCUCCGGUGCAGCAGUCUCCAAUUCACAAGGAAAUAUCUUGGGAGAUAACGGAUGGCACAAAUAUGUUCGUUCACCAAACAACACUGUAUUGAGGCCUCAAAGUAUUCUAUCAGGGAACACAACGGGUAAUGUCACCAACCCAAAUGGUUUACUCGGGGAGGGCAGUUCGCCUACAACCUUGACUCGCACCGAAGAAGAUGUCGAUAUCCCGUCGGUUGUUGUUGACUUCGGUCAAAAUGUUGUCGGUAUUGUCUCAAUUGACUUUGCUGGGUCAUCCAAUUCUUCUGCUGGAUUCCCAGGAUUGAAAAUAGCAUUUUCCGAGACUCAGCAAUAUUUGACCAAUGUCAGCGAUUUCACUAGAUCCGACAACAUGGCUGCCGUCGCAGUUUCCAACGAACCUUAUACUUGGAAAGAUCAGACUGGCUGUCAGCAUGGUAGCCAGGUAUGCUCGGAUGGUCUCCACGGAUUCAGAUACAUGAAGAUCUGGCUUGAUGCCAUCGAAAGUGAUGCUCCUUAUACCCAACCAUAUGGAUCUGUCUCUAUUUCAAACAUCGAACUAGAAUGGUCCGCGUAUUUAGGAACCCCAGAUACUUUUACUGGAUGGUUCGAGUGCUCAGAUGAAGAUCUAACUCAAUGGUGGUUUGACGGUGUUUAUACCACCGACAUGAAUACUGAUUUAUUCUUAGCAAAUGAGACGGAUCCUCGAGACUCUGCCACACCUACAUUGCAAGGCAAGGAGGUUGUGUUCGACGGGGCUAAGAGAGAUAGAGAUCCAUAUGUUGGCGACCUAGCAGUUGCAGCUUUGACAUCUUAUCUGUCCCAUGACAACCCUGAAGCCACUCGUAAUAUUCUCGCUGAUUUGGCGAACCACCAACGAUCCGAUGGAUGGAUCCCACCUGCCAGCAUCAACAAUUAUACCCUAGACUUAUUCGAUUAUCCUAUGUGGUGGGUUGUAUGUACAGCAGAUCUAGUGAUGUACACCGGCGACACAGAUUUUGCUACUGAAUAUUACGGCGUGAUGAAGAAGACACUGGACACUUACUAUGGUCAGAACCUCACGUUAAACGGAGGUCUUCUCAACAAAACCAACGGAUAUGGUGACUACGCUUUUCUACCUCGCUCCGGCGUUAUCACGUACUAUAACGCGUUAUACGUUCACGCCCUGAAAUCAGCUGCCCAAAUUGCCAAUCUCCUAGGACAUCCUGCAGAUAGUAGCACUUGGACUUCUCGUGCAUCAGAGGUCAGCGAGAAAUUGCUCACCCGCAACUGGGAUACUGCUGUCAGUGCGUUCUUCGAUGGAGGGCCCUGUCCCAACCAGGCCGGAGACACAAUUUGCAAUGUGCAUGCUCAAGACGGAAACGGCCUAGCAGUACUUUCUGGUGCUGUAAAUGCCUCAUUAGCCACGAACUUGCUAGACUACUAUGGCAACGCUACAUCUCAGCCAUAUGGAAAUGCCUUCUAUGAUAACAACCUUCUAUCCGAAGGGUUCUCAGAACGUGUGUAUGCUUUCAUUUCCUACUUCGAGCUUGCAGCACGCCUGUCUACACCCGGCGCAGCAGGCUCAGCUAUCGAAGAAAUCAAACGUCUCUACGGUUGGAUGUCCACUCACGAUCCCGAAAUUACAUUCUGGGAAGGUAUUGGCCCCGGUGGAUCGCCAUAUGAGCAAGGCUUUACCUCUAUGGCUCACGGUUGGUCUACGGGUAUUGUCCCGCUCAUGAGCAACUAUAUUCUUGGUGUUCAGCCCACAGGGUCUGGAUUCAAGACCUGGCAGAUUUGCCCUGUAACUGAUGGGGCGGAUCUUACGUGGGCCAAAGGAGAAGUCGGUACCCCAAAGGGCUCUAUUCAGGUAUCUUGGAGCAAAGGUGAAGGGGAAACUUUUAAGAUGCAGAUUGAGACGCCGAAGGAUACUAGUGGGGUUGUCUGUAUUCCUAUUGGAUCAUCCAAGAACAGCAAGAUCCUUAUGGACGGGAAACAGGUGAAACAAACUGGCAACGCAGCAACUGUUGGUCCAAUUGCAACAACUGGGAACGGAUACAGGGUACUCAAAGUCGAUGGUGGAUCCCACACAUUUACGGUUGGACAGUAA